ACAUUUGGGCCAGGUGGCGACGUUGUGGGUAGAAAAGCGUUUUGCAGAAGAAUAUUUUCGUUUUAGAUACAACCGACCCGGUUGUGAGUUGGUUAACUUAAUAUAUAUUCAAUAAUAAACUAAAGUAAACUACAUACAGUUUAAUGCGCAUGUAAUUUAAUAUCCGCUGCUCGUUGACGCAGCUCUGGAAAUGACUGAAAAGAAGGAGCGUGUUACUAAUUUGGAUCAACAACAACAACAUCCACCAGAAUCGGAAUCUGCGACUGCGGAACACAAUGCUCCGACUGUUAUAGUAAAAAGUGAGAAGAUUGACAUUGAGAUUGAGGCAAAGCUAAGAGCAUUGAAUGCCAAAAUAAAAGCAGAAAGUGCCACGCCCCCAACGGGCUGUGCCUCUGAUAGUGACGCCAGCAAUAGCAACGAUUCGUCGCAAGACGAUAAAAAGCAAAUUGCACCUGUUAAAUCGUCCAAUGAAAUUCUCGCCGAGUUAUUUGGUGUAUUUAAUGCGGCACCACCCGAGGUGUUGCUGGAUGACAAGAAUUUGCUAAAGAAACACAAGAAAUCCAAAAAGGAAAAGAAGAAGAAGUCUCGAUACAAACCAGACAAAUCCGAUGGGGAAUGCUCGGAUUCCGAUUUGGCGACCGGUGAGGGGAAGCAUAAGCAUAAGAGCAAGCGAAAGAAGCAUAAGCACAAACACAAGGACAGCAAGGACAAACAUAAGGAUAAGGAUCGCGAAAAGUCAAAAGAAAGAGCCACGGUGCAAACAGAGGAAAAGACCGAGAACCGGAAACGACAUGCACCAGCGGAUUCGGACAUAUCAACUGUGCCUGCUAAGAAGCAAGUAUUGCCACAUGACCAAAGCACGGAUCGGGAAAAGGAGCGAGAUCGGGAGAGGGAACGUGAACGAGAACGGGAAAGGGAGCGAGAACGGGAGAAGGAGCGGGAACGAGAACGGGAGAGGGAUCGAGAUAGAGACCGCGAAAGAGAUCGAGACCGGGAACGGGAACGCGGUCACAAUAGCUUUUACAAUGGUUAUGCUAAAGAUGGCAAUGGCAGAACGUCUAAGAUUAAAACGGAGCGCCGUCAGUCCGACGAACUGUCGCUUUCGGAUGAGGAGACAUAUCUGCGGGAGAAGGCGAAUGGACGACGUCGUUUCUACGGCGGAGAUACGAGCACAAACACACGCUUCAAACAGGAAUCCAAUGACAACAAGCGUCACACCAACACCACGUCAAGGUACCGAGACAACUCGAGCUCUAGACAGCGUACACGUUCCCGAUCCCGAUCUCGAUCCCGUGAUUUGUGUAUAGAUAAAAAGCGUCUGCUGGAGAUUGCGCGACGUAACGCCAUCAGCAUGUUUAAGCGGGGCAACAUGGCCGGAGUGUCCGACAUGACGCCGGAGGUGAAGGACAAGGUGCUGCUGAAGAUGCGCUACGGAGGACGCACCGUGCAGGAUCUCACGGAUUUUUGCAAGAAAAUCUCCAACGGCGAAAUGCUGUCCGACCUCAGUUCCGACGAGGACUCGGAUGUUGAUAAAAAUGGUAAUGCCAAAGCGUUCCAUCAUCCAUUUCAGCUAAAAGAGCGUGAGCCCAUUGUCAUGCACAUCCGCAACUCGACGCCCAUAGUACCGUCCGUAGUGCGCCGAGAGGAGCAGACUAAGGCAAUAACAAUGCAAUUUCCCGUCUCCUCGGGUCAAGUGCAUCGCAUGUCUGAGGUGUGGGUACCUGUGGAACCGAAGGAGCCUUUAAUGCCACUCCCCGUACUGCCACCUGCUAAACAGGCAACCAAUAUGUUUAAGGACGUGCAACGGAAUGUGUUUGCCAAAACCAUACCCCAAGAGGAGCAGCAGGAACCCGCCUUUACGCCAGUCACUAUACCUUUAGAUGACCCGAUACCGCUGCCAAGUGAAAGUAAUGGCAGUACAUCCAUGCCAUGUCCCGAAUCGGUGCCCGUCCCCGUCAACGUUUCCGUACCAGUGCCUGCGCCAAGUGUCCCUGUGUUUGUUCCAGCAGCAGCCUCGGUCACUCAAUCGCCUGCAUUGCUGACAACGCCAUUUGUGCCUGAAGUGCCCAUACCGUCGGUGGCACCGCAGCCAAGUCCCUCGAUAUUUCCACAGGCCAUGACGCCCAGCAUGGAUGUGUCCAGCAUAAUAACGCAACGUUUAAGUGCCAUACGACGACUGCAGGAUAAUCCAGGUGAUUCCGAAGCGAUAAAAAUGAUGUACAAUGCUCAGCGGGACAUGACAUGUUGGGCAUCAUCGAAGCAUCUGCCAGGUCAGUUCACGGGCAGCACCGGUGCCCAGGUUAUGAAGGUGCGUGAACUGAACAGCGGACCACAGCUGUGGGCACGCCGUGAUCAACUGACAUCGACAAAGCCAGUUACAGGUGGCAUGGGCAUGACGUUGUUGCAAAAGAUGGGCUGGAAGCCCGGCGAAGGAUUGGGCCGUUCGAAGACUGGCUCACUGCAACCACUGCAGCUGACUGUAAAGCUGGACAAGCGUGGUCUGGUAUCUCGUGAGGAUAUUAAACAGCCACCGGCGCGUCAAAUUGCUCCGCGAGGAACUAAGAACGCAAGUGCCAUAAAUAUUGCACAGGCUGCACUCACUGCUCACGAAAAGCAUCCGGUUUGUGUGCUCAAUGAACUGACAUCAAAGAACAAAUGGACACCGCCGCAGUAUAUGCUGAAGGAAGACUCGGGUCCAUCCCACAGUCGCAUGUUUCUCUUCUCGGUGGAGAUCAAUGGACAGACAUAUACACCGACGCAAGCUUGCAAUAACAAGAAGGAGGCCAAGUUGAAUGCCGCCAAAUUGUGCUUAAGAGCUUUGGGUAUUUUACCGCCCAGUUAAGUGACAAGAUUGCGUUAAUUCGUGAUCGUGUCUGUAAAUUAAGCAUAAUCUACUGUUAAGACUAUAGGUAGAAAUAUUUGUAUAUGUUUCUGUAUAUAUUUUAAAAUAAACUAAUGCUAGCAACUGGUGCAUUUCAAAUGUUAACGUAAAA